CAAGGAACCGCGUCUUUUUUAUUCCGACCCGACCUGUUGACCUCCCUCAAUCUCUCUCUAUUUCGCCGCCGGCCAAGGAAGAGUGCUUCUUGCCCCCUUCUCUCUGUCUCCUUCCUAUCUCCUUCUCUUUUCACACUAACGAGAGAGAGAGAGAGAGAGUAGUUUAAUAGACCGAGAGGAGAAGAGGAGGAGGAGGAGAUUCGAAGCCUUUUCGACAGGAAAAAUCCCUCCUUUUUGUUGUUGUUUAUAGAAGGAUUGGAGGCAAGGGAUCUCGUCUCAGAUCUCAAUUCUCUCGCUUGGAGCCUGUUUGCUCUCUUGCUUGUUCUUAGGGUUGUUUUAGUGUGGUGGGAUGAUGAAUAAUUCGGGCGCUUCGGCGGCCGGGUCGAGCUCGGGAUCGGGGGAAGGGCAGGCCCCCAGAAGGAAUUCCAAGAGGCCCAAGUAUUCGAGGUUUACACAGCAAGAACUUCCAGCUUGCAAGCCGAUCCUCACUCCCCGAUGGGUGAUCUCGGUAUUUACACUUGUUGGCAUCAUCUUUGUCCCCAUUGGCCUCGUUUCGCUCAUGGCUUCCCGUGAUGUUGUGGAAAUUGUCGAUCGGUAUGACAGUGCAUGCGUACCACCGAACAUGACUGAUGAUAAGGUUGCCUACGCUCAGAAUGCAGCAAUAGAUAAAACUUGCACCAGAAUUCUUAAGGUGCCCAAGGAUAUGGAUCAACCUAUUUAUGUGUACUAUCAGCUUGAUAACUUCUACCAGAAUCAUAGGAGGUAUGUGAAGAGCCGAAAUGAUGAACAGUUGAUGUCUGCUAAGAAGGCAAAUGAUUCUAGUGGUUGUGAUCCUGAAGCGACUACAGGAAAUGGUACUAUUGUUCCUUGUGGCCUCAUAGCCUGGAGUUUGUUUAAUGAUACUUACAGCUUCAUCCAUGGCAAUAAAAAUAUAACGGUGAAUAAGCACAACAUUUCCUGGAAGAGCGACAGAGACCACAAGUUUGGAAAGGAUGUCUAUCCUAAGAACUUCCAGAAUGGAGCUCUAAUAGGUGGUGCAAAACUUGAUCCAAAAAAAUCUUUAAGCGAGCAGGAGGACCUCAUUGUUUGGAUGCGUACUGCAGCCCUUCCAACAUUCAGAAAGUUGUAUGGGAGGAUAGAAGUGGACCUUAAAGCUAAUGAUACCAUAACGGUGACGUUAAAGAACAAUUACAACACUUACAGUUUCAAUGGUAAAAAGAAACUGGUUCUUUCUACCACAAGCUGGCUUGGAGGAAAGAAUGACUUCCUUGGCAUUGCAUAUCUCACUGUUGGAGGAUUAUGCUUCUUUCUGGCAACUGCAUUCACUGUUGUAUACUUGGUAAAACCAAGGAAACUUGGUGAUCCUUCUUAUUUGUCAUGGAACAGAAAUCCUCAAGGCCAUUAAUGUCUCAGAUUUGUGAUAUUAUCGGACGCCCUACCUCAUAUUUUGAAACCAUGUACUCUGAUCCACGAACGAUGUAUAUGAGUUACUUAUGGGCAUUUGUGCUUCCAAGUGGGAAAUGGAUUUGUGUGGAAACCUAGUUUUCACUAGAUGCAUGUAUAAUUAGCUUAAAGAAUUCAUACAUCUUCAUUCUUUCAGUGCCAAAAUUAUCAUUCUAGAA